AUGGCGCUCGACACCCAGGGACCGACGGUGAUGUCCGUCGCCAUCGUCUUCGGGAUCAUGACGCUCAUCGCAAUAUCUCUGCGCUUGUGGGCCCGAAUCUUCCUGGUGAAGCAUAUUGGCUCCGAUGAUAUCCUCAUUUGUAUCGCGGCGCUAUUGUCCUGGAGUUUCAUGGCCGUGACCAUCGCAGCCGUCCAACACGGGCUCGGCCAGCACAUCGAAGCGGCCUUGGCGCAGGAGAACAAUAACCUGACGGCUUACGCGCAGGUGGUCUGGCUGUCCUCCAUCUUCUACAAUGCCACGCUGGGCUUCAUCAAGAUCUCCGUGCUGGCGCUGUACAUGCGGCUUGGCGACCGCACGCUGAGGCGGCUCGCGCUGGUCAUGGUCGGGGUGGUCUGCUGCCAGGCGGGCGGCAACGUGCUGGCGGCCAUCUUCCAGUGCACGCCCGUUCAGGCCGCCUACGACCAGACCAUCACCGACAAGAAGUGCAUCAACAUCAACGCCUUCUACCUGGCGAACGCGGCGGUCAACAUCUUCACAGACCUUUUGACGUACACCCUGCCCAUCAAGCUCAUCAUCAACCUGCAGAUACCUCAGAGACAGAAGAUAGGCCUGGGUGUCAUUCUGUGCUUGGGACUCUUUGCCUGUAUAUCGUCCAUCGUCCGCAUAACAUUCAUCCCGCAGAUGCUCGUCUCGGAGGACGCGACCUACGUUAUCUCGGGCGCCAUGUACUGGUCAGUAAUCGAGCUGAAUAUCGGCAUCCUCGCAGCCUCGAUCCCGUCAAUGAAGCCCAUCGCAUCACGCUAUAUGCCCCGCCUCCUGGGCUCAUCAUACAACAAGUCCAAUGGCAACAAGGGGUCCUCGUAUCUCAAGUCGUCCUCGGCCUCGGGUGCCUUCAAGUCGAGGGAUAGGAACGGGACGUUGGAGCUGCAUAGCAUGGAAAGGGGUGACAAUAGAUUCGGGCUACAGAGCGGGACCAACAGGACGGAAAUCGGCAAGGGUUCAACGGCAGUGCUCGGGAAAAGUGUGUUGGAUGAUAAUUCUAGCGAGGAGGCGUUGUGUUUUCCGCCAACAGGCCAAAUCGGGGUUCAGACGCAGAUCAAGACUAGAUUUGAUGAACGUUAA